AGACGCGGCGCCGCGCCGGCUCACGGUAACACUGCACAGUGCUCAAAGCGCCCGCCUGCGGUACUCAGCUCUCAGCAUGGACGUCAGGGCGGGACUCGAGUGCACGGUGGAAGCCGGAGCUGCCAGCACCGAAGCACAGUGCGCGCUGGACGAGAGGACAGCCGUCGCAAUGGACGUAUCUCAGUGUACAGUGGCUGGGACAGCCAUCCCACCGGACUCUACCGCGAGAGUGAUAGAUGGAGCUGUCAUUACGGACCCUAGCACAGGGAUGCUGCUACCACUGUCCACGACUCGCACGCUGUCGUAUCUGCCCGAGCGACCGCCGGUGGACAUCGAAUUCCAGGACCUCUCCUACUCCGUUCCCACCAGCAGAAAAGGGAACAAGAAGAUCUUGCGCUCGGUAAGCGGCCUGUUCCGAUCUGGGCAGCUGACUGGCAUCUUGGGGCCGUCGGGUGCCGGCAAGAGCACCCUGCUCAACAUCCUGGCGGGUUACAGGUGUUCUGAGGUGACGGGAUCCAUCCUGACGAAUGGGUCACCACGCAACCUGCGCCAGUUCCGCAAGAUGUCGCGCUACAUCAUGCAGGAGGACCUAGUGCAGCCUCACCUCACUGUAUUGGAGGCCAUGCUCAUCGCUGCUGACCUGAAGCUGGGCAACCAUCUCACCAGGAGCCAGAAGCGCACAGCCGUUGAGGAGAUCCUUGAUAUGCUUCGUCUCAGUGGGGCAAAGGCUACACGGACACUACGACUGUCUGGUGGGGAGAGGAAGAGACUGUCAAUAGCACUGGAACUCAUUAACAACCCACCAGUUAUAUUCCUGGAUGAACCUACAACAGGACUUGAUGACUUGUCCAGCUCUCAGUGCAUUCUUCUUCUAAAGAUGCUUGCCCAGGGAGGACGUACUGUGAUCUGCUCAGUGCACACACCAAGUGCACGUCUUUUUGAACUUUUUGAUCAUGUGUAUGUAGUGGCACAAGGCCAGUGUGUUUACCAGGGAGCUGGAUUUGACAUUGUUCCAUUUAUGGCAUCAGUUGGACUUAACUGCCCGAUACAUUAUAAUCCAUCAGAUUUUGUUAUUGAGGUAUCAAGUGGAGAAUAUGGAGAACAACAUAUUGAUAAAAUGGUAGCUGCUAUUGACAAUGGCCGUUGUUAUAAAUGGAAAAAAUUAGAAAAUGGGACCCAGACUGUAAACAACAAUGAUACAGAACAUUCAUCUACAACACCUCUGCAAACUUCAAAGAAUCAGUACAGUUUUGCAAGUUCCGGUUGGGCACAGUUUCGCAUCUUAACAUACAGGAUGUUGCUGCAGACAUGGAGAAAUUCUACUUACCUGAAAAUAAAGAUUGUGAUGUACCUGUUUGUUGCUGCAAUAAUUAGUGGGCUCUUUUACAAUUUUGGUAAAGAUGGUUCUAAGACGAUAUUCAACUUUGGAUUUUGCUACACAUGCAUUAUUGUUUUUCUGUACAUACCAAUGAUGCCUGUACUACUAGACUUUCCAGGGGAAGUUCAGUUGUUGAAACGUGAAUACUUCAAUCGUUGGUAUGGGCUUAAUGCAUACUUCUUUGCAUUAACUGUUUCAAAAAUACCACUUCAGGUGGCCCUCGGACUAACAUAUGUAUGGCUGGUAUAUGUACUGACUGACCAGCCACUGGAAGUUCACCGGUGUGCAAUAUUCAUCAUCAUUUGUCUUCUGAUUGGAUUUGUAUCAGAGAGCUUUGGUCUUCUUGUUUCCUCAACUCUUAGCAUAGUGAAUGGCAUGUUUGUUGCCCCUUCAAUGUCAGUUCCUUUCAUGCUGUUAGCAGUCCAUGGUCUUGGAACACCUAAUGCACACGUACCAUUCUUCAUGAAGAUUGCAAUGUACUUUAGUUACCUGAGGUAUGGUUUGGAGGGAUUGACACUGGCAAUCUACGGCUUUGGACGGAAAAGACUGCACUGUCCAGAUCAUAAAACAUAUUGUGAACUAAGUGACCCAAGGGAACUACUACGUCAAACUGGAAUGGAGAACGCAAAUAUCUGGGUUGAUAUUGCUGGUCUGGUUGCAUUUAUCAUCAUCUUCAGGACUGCAUGCUAUUUUCUGUUGCGGUGGAGGCUUUCUUCCUACAAAUCAUUUGCUGCACUCAGACUAGUGAAACGAUUUGUGAAAACACACAUUAAUUUCCAAUACAGGUGAACUUUUUAUUGAGAAUAUUGUGAUAACUAUGGCACUCUUUGUUAGUGAAACAGAAAGAGGUCCAUUUUUAAUGGCACACUAUUCUGGCACUCACAAUAGGGAAGAGAUGAGAUUUGAACUGUAUUUUAAAGAAUAUGCAGAAGUCAUAUAUAUUAAAAAAUCAUUAAUUUAAUAAUGAACACAGAUCAGUUAAAUCAAUUACGACUUCUUUUACAUCUUUGAAAUCUUUUGUUAAAGAAAGAAAAAGGAAUAGAAUAUUGAGCAGAUGAAAGUAAUCUCUUUGAGGUAUGUAAAUGUAUCCUUACAUUUCAUGUUUAGCAUAUCACAAAUAAAGUUUCAAAUUAUUUCUGCAGGGACGGAUAGCUGAUGAGACAAUGAACUAAAAGUGUGGUAUGGAUGCAUUUACACAAUGCAUCUUGAACAAUAAUAGUUAUAAAUACAUUGCUCUCAAGACUCUUGUUAUUUCACCAAAGAUAAAAUGGUUUGUUGUUCUUCCUCUAAUGUAUAUAAUUUACACUUGUGAAAAAAGGAAAUACAUUCAGUAUGUACAUCA